CCGCCGUGGAAUGUAUCUCAACCAACAGAGCAAACAGCAUUCACCGUUCAGCGGGGUCCAUCCGAACAGCUCCAACUGGCGGGGUGUCUUAUCGCCCUUAUCGCCACGGCUAAACCUUCCUCCCAACGCCACAGGCACACAUGUAAGAUCACCACCUCAACACCACGGAGUUCUACCCGCUCAACAACAUCCAGAUGCAUCCAGCACCAUCACAGCUCUUUUGCCUCUUCCGCCCGGCUCUCCCACCCCCGAGCAUCUCACCACCUCACACCACCGCUUUCCCACGGUCCAACCUCAGGCUCAUGCCAGCUCGGCAUAGCACACCGCUCUAACCAAGGCCCGAGCGCUCCUCAUCUCAACGCUGCGCAGUGGCUGAUGGGAUCCCCAAAGCCGAAGCUUGCUCUGUACCUGCGGCCGGCGUGUGGCUUGACGAUCCACCCGAAGGAUGGGUACGGAGGUACAUGUCUCGGAUGUCCGUUUUCAUUCGCUCAACGAAAGAAAAACA